AUGCCCCUGCCGAGUUUUUCUUGUGGCUUUCGACUGAAACAUACCCUUCGGAGAGUGUUUGGCAACAUCGGGGAAGAGGGAACGCGAGUGGAAUGUGGAGGUCGAGGGGGAAGACGGUAUCGCAGUCGUGCGGUCCAAGGCCCUGGCUUUCCCCUCCGAGUCCAAGGCCUCGGAGGACAUUUAUCUGUGUUCCUUGGGCUCCGCCGCGUCUGUACCGAACGCGAUCGAUGCUCGUCGACGGCCGGAAUCGAACUGAGCGAUGUAGGAGAAUGGAAAGCGGAGGAGGGGGCAUGCCGUCGAAGGGAGGCGUGGGAGGGACGCGCGGAACAUGCCCAGCCUGUGACGUGGAUCGCCCGCAUGCCCGUAGGGGCGAGGGGGGAAGGGAGGCACGGGGUGAGAGGAGGGGGGGAGCGGGGUGAGAGAACCGCAGCGGAGAGGAGAGUUUGGAUGAUCGGCAGCGUGUCGUCGCUUGGGAUGGCCCGGUGGGACGACGGAGUUCGGGGUGGAGACCCGUGGCUUCUACACGGUGGAAGAGGGGCUAUUUAUAAAGUGAAUGCCCGUACUGCAUGUAAGGUAGAAUCUCAUUCCACAAGGCAUGGGUCCAAGCCUGCAAACGAGGCCAAGAACCAAAACCCCAAAAUCAUUCCAUUUGACUACAACCGUGUGGUGUUGGAACCCUUUCCGGACGUCCCGGACUCCGACUACAUCAACGCCUCCUAUGUCGACAGCCUGGUGAAGCCAAAGGCGUACAUCGCCUCCCAAGGCCCCAACGAGAACACGAUCGGUGACUUCUGGCGGAUGGUCUGGCAGGAGCGGUCGCCGUGCAUCGUCAUGCUCACCAAGACCUUCGACUUCAUAAAGGUGAUGUGCGUGCAGUAUUGGCCGGCCGCCACCGGGAUGGAGGAGGUCUACGGGGGCAUCGGGGUGACUGUGCUGCACGAGGAGCAGUUGGCCAAUUUCCUCAUCCGGACCAUCAGGUUACGAAAGGACGGGGCGCCGGAGGAGGGGGAGCGUCGGAUCCAGCAGUACCACUACACGGAGUGGUCGUGCCACACCAGCCCGUUCUCGAACGCCCUGCUCGAGUUCCGCCGGCGGGUGCGGCUGUACAUGAAGAGCCUGUGCGUGCCGCAGGAGCCGGCCGAGGGGCCCACGCCGGCGGCGUCCGUGUCGUCGCUCGAUCUCUCCACGGCGUCCAGCAACCCGCCGCAUGCGCUCAGCGGGCCCGUCAUCGUCCAUUGCAGCGAUGGGAGCGGGCGAUCCGGGGUGUACAUGGCCAUCGACGCCAACCUGGAAAGCGCGGACGAGGACGGGUGCUUUGUCCUCUAUGGGUACUUGAAGAAGAUGAGAUCGUCUCGGCGGGGCCUCGUCGAAACUCUCGAUCAGUACAAGUUCGUGUAUGAAGCGCUGGAGGAGUAUGUGAUCUGCGGGAUGACGUAUUUCCCCGUCUCGGAGCUCUCGCAGCGGCUCAAGUUCAAGUCCACGAGGAACGCGGAGGACAAGAUGAACGAGUACCAGAAGGAGUACCUGCAAAUCUCCAAGAUGACGCCCAAGUUCACCAUCGGCGACUGCGCCGGCGGUCAUCGGCCGGAAAACCGGGAGAAGAACCGUGACGUCAUCAUCGUUCCUCCGGACAAUUACCGUCCGUAUCUGACAUCUUUCCAGGGCAACACUUGCACCGACUAUAUCAACGCCGUCUUUAUUGAUGGCUACACACGUCCCAGGGAGUACAUAGUCACGGAAUGGCCCCUACAGCCAACGAUAGCUGAUUUCUGGUCCUUGGUCUAUGACCACGAGUGUAGUGCCAUUGUUGUCCUUUGCAGCCCCCGAAUUUCAUCGGGCUAUACCCACCCCAAAGAGUACAUAGUGACCGAGUGGCCUUUGCCGUCUGUCGUGCCGGACAUCUGGUCCUUGGUCUAUGACCACGACUGUAGUGGCAUUGUUGUCCUCUGUCACCCCGAUCCCUCUCCGCAAUAUCCGUCCUUCUGGCCGGAAACGUCCCGCUUCCGCAAAUACGGCGCAGUGUUCAGCGUGGAGCUCAUGUCUCGCAAAGAGUACCCCAACAUCCGGAGCUGGGUCUUCAAGCUCAACAAAAAGGAGAUAGCACCCUAUAGGAAAACCAUAUCCACAGUUGUUGAUGAGGUCCAAGGAACUCAGAUCGUCUCACUGACGGAGCUGAUGGCCGGGGUGAAGGCCGAGCCGAAAACUUGCCAGCUGUUCCAACUCAUGUGCUGGCCGAUGGGGCACCGUGUCCCAACUUCGACGAAUUCCUUGGUCGAAUUGAUGAACAUGGUCGAACGGUGGCGACAGAGGACGGAAUACGGCCCCAUCGUUGUCGUCUCGCCGGAUGGAUGUGGUCGUGCAGGUGUGUACUGUGCUGCCAAUGCCUGCAUCGAACAGGUCAUUCAGCAUGGGGAAGUGGACGUGUUCCAGGCUGCAAAAACCGUUCGACGCCACCGCCCCCAGCUCAUCGAGAACAUGACGGAGUACAAGUACUGCUAUGACCUCGUUCUCCACUAUGUACUCCAUUACCUCCACAAGAAGUGAAGCCAUCCUUCACGACGUGGGAACGAGCUGGUCUUUUUUUGUUGCUUAUACUGGCCCUGGUUGGCCUCCAACUGUCGAGGGCUUUGAUGUCCUUUUGCUUUUCUCAAGGCAGCUCUUUGUUUUCAUAUUUGCCAGAGGAUAUUAUUGUUAUCAUCGAUCUGGAGUCUAUCGAGUCGUAUGAUAGUCAUCACCACACGUGUGCAGGAUGCCACCUAGUCAGUCGACAUAGUGAACGAUAUAUCCAAGAGAUUUCCUUUAUCUGAUAGUCAUAUAUAUCCCGGUAGUGUGCAAUAUUCCCUUCGUCUUCUCAUCUCCAAUCCCAAGAAGACCUUUUUAUCUCCAUCCAUUCUUGUAGGAGCAGUUUUUAAUUGUAGUGACUCAGAUUUUAAGGCACUGGAGCGUUCUCCAUUUGACAGAAGUUCAAUUCUUGCACCAUCAUAUCUCAGAAUUUUAAAAUCUGCUAUGAUACACGGGAGCUUUGAAUCUCUUCCAUGGUCUAUUAGCACCCUUGUCUGAUGUGAGGUGAAGAGGAAAAAUGGGAAAACAGGAAAAUGCAUCCAUGAUCUGCAUAAAAUAAUUCGAAAAGUUGUGUUUUGCAUAGGAUUUAAUUUCACCUCGUUGUGCAGAAUCUAUGGGCUAGUGAGCCUUCACAAUUGAGCUUUGCAAUAUUGCUUGAACAUGCAUCUAUGCUGCAACUGCAAAUAGGCAGAAGAAGCAUGCCAGUUUUCCUCGCAUUCCUGCGGGAUUUGUGCGAUCCACAUCGACGUGGAUUUUGUCUUGUUUAUCCUUCCUCCAAAUCAAGCACAAAUACUUGUGUCGUAACAGAAGAAGAGAAAAAGUCUAUUUUUGCCAAGAUGUGCACCUCUCACACAACAAGGCGUUGUUUUGCACAACUUGAGUGCUGUGUUUCCUUUUUUGGAGGUUGGCUUCCCCAAAACCUCAUUGUUUUCUCUGACCUCCAGGUAGAACCAUUGUUGAUUUAAAAAUGUUCUCUGAUGAAUUUGCUCCCACCUUCUUUCCCCUCUUUUAUCCUCCCUGCAGACAAUGUCAUAUUCCAG